UACCAGCAAAUAUGUGUGCAGAGCACGUGACAAGUUGAGUUCACUCAACUUCCCAUCUUAUAAUCUCAUCCGUCCAUUCUCCGAUAUGGUCCUCUGGACCCAUUAAACAAAAGCGCAUCGUCCAGCUGUUUCCCUCAACCUUCAUAGCUGGCACCGCCUUAAUGGGUCAAGAGUCAAGACUAGUUUCCAAAACCAACCUUUCGUUGUUGUUCUUGUGAAUCUUACGAUACACCCUCCCGUAGACGAACCCAAGCCCACUCACACCGAAAUCUUGUUUUUAAGCUUUUCGUUAAUAUGGGUAAUUUAAGUUUAGGGAUUGACCUCAUUGCGGUCUCACGCGCUUUUAAUGGAGAGUUAAUUUCAAUCACCCAAACAAGGAAACGAAAUCAUGAGAAUCUAAAGUCAUACAUGCCUUUUAUAAUCAAUGUUUCUUCUCCUUCCUCCUCUUCCCUUAUCUCUCCAUCUCUGUGGAGAGACAAAAACAAAAACAACAUUCUUGAUAUAUUUUCUUUAUUUACAUCUUUAUAUUCACUAGCAUUAAAAUUUUUAAAAAAAGCUACGCGUUUUCUUCUUCUUCUUUCUCACAAUGCUGUCAAACGCCGUCGUUUUAGCGGCGGUCUUGUGUUUGGUUGUUCUAUCACCGUUUGCCGCCGGAAUACGGACUGGUCCGGGGAGGAUCACGACCAACGGAGACGGCGGAAGAAAUGAGUUUAGCAAGCUUGGUCCGUUCAUGGAGGCUCCGGAGUACAGAAACGGCAAGGAGUGCGCGUCGUCGUCGUCAGCCAACAGAGAGAGCUUCGAUCCCUCUCUCGUCCACAUUGCGAUGACUCUUGACUCAGAGUACCUCCGUGGCUCCCUCGCCGCAGUCCACUCCGUUCUCCGCCACGCGUCGUGUCCCGAGAACGUCUUCUUCCACUUCAUCGCCGCCGAGUUCGACUCGGCGAGCCCGCGCGUGCUGAGUCAACUCGUCCGGUCGACCUUCCCGUCGCUGAGCUUCAAAGUCUACAUCUUCCGGGAAGACACGGUGAUCAACCUGAUAUCGACUUCGAUCAGACAGGCUCUCGAGAAUCCGUUGAACUACGCUCGGAACUACCUCGGAGACAUUCUCGACCGGAGCGUUGACCGAGUCAUCUACCUCGACUCGGACGUGAUCGUUGUCGACGACAUCACCAAGCUCUGGAACACGAGGUUGACCGGGACGCGUGUCAUCGGGGCUCCGGAGUAUUGCCAUGCGAACUUCACGCAGUACUUCACUUCCAACUUCUGGUCGGACCCGGCUUUACCGGGUCAAAUCUCGGGUCGGACGCCUUGCUAUUUCAACACGGGAGUGAUGGUGAUGGACAUGGUUAGAUGGAGAGAAGGGAACUACAGGGAGAAGCUGGAGAAAUGGAUGCUGUUGCAGAAGAAAAAGAGAAUCUACGAUUUGGGUUCUUUGCCGCCGUUUCUGCUUGUGUUCGGAGGGAAUGUGGAGGCUAUUGAUCAUAGGUGGAACCAGCACGGUCUUGGAGGAGACAACCUACGAGGAAGCUGUCGGUCUUUACAUCCUGGUCCUGUGAGUUUGCUGCAUUGGAGUGGUAAAGGGAAGCCAUGGGUGAGACUUGAUGAGAAGAGGUCUUGUCCGUUGGAUCGUCUUUGGGAGCCAUAUGAUCUGUAUAAUAAGCAUAAGAUUGAGAGAGCUAAAGAUCAGUCUCUGCUCGGGUUUGCUUCUUUGUCGGAGUUGGCUGAUGAUUCAAGCUUUUUGUGAGAGGUUAAAGAAAUGUUGCAUUAUUUUUGUGUUACAGAUUCUACAAUACAUUUGUUCAGGUGAUUCUUUGAUUUUCUGGUGUAUAAACCGAGUUAGAGAGGGAGAGAGAGAGAGAUAUAUAGAGGCUAUGGAAGCCAUUGAUGGAGAUUCUUUUCUCAUUUUCUUGUUCCCUUGUAAAAACUCAUCGUGAAGUGCCUCUUGAGAUUUUCCAUUCAUGAUAUUUAAUGGCGUUUUAAGGA